AUGACUCAUAACUUACCAACAGCAGCACAGAAAGAAGAACCCAUUGUGGCUGUAGUAGAAAUUGAAAAUGCAACAACGGUUGCUAAUAAUAGCAGCACAUCGUCUAGCUCGUCUAUUUCUACAUCAACUAUACCAUACUACGGAAGCCGAGAACCUAAGCAAUCUGUCAAAGAGACCGACCGUGUUAUAUUCCAAAUGAUGGAUGACAUACAGAUCACCAAAACCACAUUCAGAGAAAAAGGCAAUGAUUUGGAACUGUACAGCCAAGAGCCAGUGAUAGUCGACAAAUCUUCGGCAGCAACGCAUCAUGGUAUAUUGUGGAGAUUUCGUAUUGUAUUCAGCUCGAUCAUCAUUUUACUGCUUGUGGUUGUUACGGUUGUAGUUAGCGAAAUCACCAAGAAAAGAUCUUAA